GAGCUCACGGGGACCCGCCCCUCCGCUUCCGGCAUGGGCUGCGGGGAGUCGCUGUUGCAGGUCUCCGUGUCCGGUCGGUAGGAUGGCGCGGGGCCGAUGCGGUCAUAGCACCGAGAGCGGACGGCCGCCAAGCGCUUCCACCGUCUCCCGAAGUUUGUCCCCAGUGGCAGGGGAUGGGGGAGGCCGGUCCUUCUGUUUCGCCUGCGUUCCCCGCUCCCCCGCAUCACAGAGACGUGGGCCUCCAUCGUUCUAGCCCUCCGGCCCUGUUCCCGAGUGCCUGCUAGAGCGUCUCCUCGCCGCUUCCUGUCGCCCACGGUCCCGGUGGGGGCAGAGGGGGAAAAGGGGGCGUAGCGCGACCGCGGAGGGAACCCGCGAGCCUUGGUGGCUUGCAAGCGCCGGAAGUGUUGGGAGGGAGGCCGGAAGUGAGGGGGCGGAGCCAGGAAGUGGGGAGGGGCGGGGGUUUAUGAGGAGGCCAAGGGAGCGUUGAGGCAGAUUUGCACUCAGGGCCACCUGAGGGACUUGGCAGUAGCACUCUGCUUUUCCCCUCCCCUCGCAGAGGCACGGUUAUCGUCUGGGAGUAGGGAACUGUGUGUGGAGGGGUGGGUUGUCGAGAGGAUCUCUCUCUGGCUGCGCUUGAGGCAAGGCGCGGAGAGUCAGGGCUGGGGGUGGGGCGGGGUCGUCAGGGCGUCUGAGGGGGAGACCCCCGCCCCCGCCCCCGCCGCCCAUCUACACUGGCUGACUGGACACUAAGAUGGCUGCCGUUGCCAUGGCACCCAACCCCGUGCAGACCCUUCAGGAGGAGGCGGUGUGCGCCAUCUGCCUGGAUUACUUCACGGACCCCGUGUCCAUCGGCUGCGGGCACAACUUCUGCCGAGUGUGUGUGACCCAGCUGUGGGGAGGGGAGGAUGAGGAGGACAGGGAUGAGUUAGACCGGGAGGAGGAGGAGGAGGAGGACGGCGAGGAGGAGGAAGUGGAGGCUGUGGGGGCCGGUGGGGGGUGGGACACCCCUAUGCGGGAUGAAGACUAUGAGGGUGACAUGGAGGAGGACGGCGAGGAGGAAGAGGAGGGUGUGUUCUGGACCAGUGGCAUGGGCGGGUCCAACUGGGACAACAUGGACUACGUGUGGGAGGAGGAGGACGAGGAGGAAGACCUGGACUACUACUUGGGGGACAUGGAGGAGGACCUGAGGGGGGAGGAUGAGGAGGACGAGGAGGACGUGCUGGAGGAGGAGGAGGAAGACGACCUAGACCCCGUCACCCCACUGCCCCCGCCUCCGGUCCCUCGGAGGUGCUUCACCUGCCCCCAGUGCCGGAAGAGCUUUCCGAGGCGGAGCUUCCGCCCCAACCUGCAGCUGGCCAACAUGGUCCAGGUGAUUCGCCAGAUGCACCCAACUCCUGGUCGAGGGAGCCGGGGGACCGAGCAGGGCAUUUGCCCCAAACACCAGGAAGCCCUGAAGCUCUUCUGCGAGGUGGAUGAAGAAGCCAUCUGUGUGGUGUGCCGAGAAUCCAGGAGCCACAAACAGCACAGCGUGGUGCCUCUGGAGGAGGUGGUGCAGGAGUACAAGGCCAAACUGCAGGGACAUGUAGAACCACUGAGGAAGCACCUGGAGGCUGUGCAGAAGAUGAAGGCCAAGGAGGAGAGGCGGGUGACAGAGCUGAAGGUGGUAUCCACCAUCCCCUUUGCAUCAUCCCAGAGCCAGAUGAAGUCAGAGCUGGCAGCUGUGGCCUCAGAGUUUGGGCGGCUGACACGGUUUCUGGCUGAAGAACAAGCAGGGCUGGAGCGGCGCCUCCGAGAGAUGCACGAAGCCCAGCUGGGGCGAGCAGGAGCAGCAGCCAACCGACUCGCGGAGCAGGCUACCCAGCUGAGCCGCCUGCUGGCCGAGGCCCAGGAACGGAGCCAGCAAGGGGGCCUGCGGCUGCUCCAGGACAUCAAGGAGACUUUCAAUAGGUGUGAAGAGGUACAGCUGCAGCCCCCCGAGAUCUGGUCCCCUGACCCGUGUCAACCUCAUAGCCAUGACUUCCUGACAGACGCCAUCGUAAGGAAAAUGAGCCGGAUGUUCUGUCAGGCUGCCCGAGUGGACCUGACACUGGACCCUGACACGGCUCACCCGGCCCUGAUGCUGUCCCCUGACUGCCGAGGGGUCCGCCUGGCAGAGCGGCGGCAGGAGGUUGCUGACCAUUCCAAGCGCUUCUCGGGCGACUGCUGUGUACUGGGGGCCCAGGGCUUCCGCUCUGGCCGGCACUACUGGGAGGUAGAGGUGGGCGGGCGGCGGGGCUGGGCGGUGGGCGCUGCCCGUGAAUCGACCCAUCAUAAGGAGAAGGUGGGCUCUGGGGGGUCCUCUGUGGGCAGCGGGGAUGCUAGCUCCUCCUCACGCCAUCAUCAUCGCCGCCGCCGGCUCCACCUGCCCCAGCAGCCCCUGCUCCAGCGGGAAGUGUGGUGUGUGGGCACCAACGGUAAACGCUACCAGGCACAGAGCUCAACGGAGCAGACACUGCUGAGCCCAAGUGAGAAACCAAGACGCUUUGGCGUGUACCUGGACUAUGAGGCUGGGCGCCUGGGCUUCUACAACGCCGAGACUCUGGCCCACGUGCACACCUUCUCUGCUGCUUUCCUGGGCGAGCGUGUCUUCCCUUUCUUCCGCGUGCUCUCCAAGGGCACCCGCAUCAAGCUCUGCCCUUGAUCAGCCUGCCACCCGCAGGAGCCUCUCUAGUCAGCACUGGGGGGGUGGGGGCAGGUGGUGGUUCAAGGUGGCCCAUAAGCUUGCGGGCUCAAAGGCUCCUCCCACUGUUACUGCAUUGCUUCCUGCCCCCUCUUUUGACCCCAGGACCCUGCAUCUCUAGGAGCCUAAAGAACCUUCCUGGCCGCCAGCUUGGCCUUCUCUUACGUACUAUGUGUCAAACAGGUCUGCAUGGGUCCCUGAAGAGAACAGCUGCCUGGUCAUCCCUUCCUGUGGGCCUAGGGGUCUGAGUUUGAGUAGGGGCUGAGGGGAGACUGUAGUUUCAUUACUAACUUCCCUUCCCCCACCCCUGCUCCUCAACCUUCACAUCAGUUCUGAGACUGGAGGAUUUGAGCAAUACUCAUGACAGCCCCCACUGCAGUUCCAUUUUCUGGUGCAAAUUUUAGCCAAGGGAUUUGGAAGCUUUUUUGGGGAGGCAGGCUGGGCAAAGGGUACAGCUGGGAAAUGUCUUACUCUCGGGGGGAAGUAGAAGGGAUUCUAAACUUUCCUUCCAUCCCCAAUUUCUACCUCCAUAGACUGGCCAGAAUUUAGCCUCAGUUGAGAGGUCUAGAACAGUGGACAUCAUUGAAACUACAUACCAUUACAUCACCCAAUAAAUUAUUUUCCCCCCCUUCCUUUUUCCAAUGCUCAAUCCGGAAGCAAAGCUCACCCAUCCUCUCUCUCCAGGUGUUUUCACUGUCCAGCUCCUUGCCCUUAUGCUCAGUGGAGUUUCUCAGUUUCUCUCCAUGUGUUUUAGUUCCCUCCAUGUGGCAAGCCUUGACUGGGGGCCUGGGCACAGGGGUUUGGAUGCCCCAGGACAGCCUUGGGUAUAAUCUAUUUUUCUAGUAACUCCUUGCCUUCUGUCACUUAUCAGCUUUUGUCCUCUGCUUUGAUGGCUGAGGUCGUUUUACGUUCCUGAGGGAGAGGGACAAGGAAGACGGACUGUGUUGUGGAAAUAAAAAGUUUAUUUGCUGCUUU